AUGAAUCUUCAAGAUAUUUUCUCAAAGAUGAAGCAGAAAGCAUUAGAAAAGCAAAUAAAAGAAUCAACAGAACUCCCAAACGAGGAAGAACUUAAAAAGGUAAGGAAAAAUCUCAAAAAUUAUUCACGAAAAAUUGCAAAAGAAGAAAUAGUCGAUGAAACUGCAGGCCAGUUAGUUCCAUUUGAGGAACCAGAAGCUCCUGAUACAAAUGAUUUUGAAUCUAAUCAAGAUGAAGAAUACGCUUUAUGGGUAGACAGAGAAGUGGAGAGGAUUCGCAAAGAGAAAAACAAUGAUGCAUGGACUCAAUACGAAAUUGCCAAAACUAAUCAACGAAAACACAUGUCAAGCGAACAAUUAAUUGAAAUUCAUCAACAAAAUCCAAAAGAGAAAGGACAUAUGAAAUUUUAUCAGAAAUAUUAUCACAAAGGUGCAUUCUCAAUUGAUGAAAGUGAAAAAGCAGAAGAAUUACUCAAUCGUGAUUAUCUAACACCAACAGGUGACGAUUUACUUGAUAAAACUGCUUUGCCAAAGGAGAUGAUGGUUCGAGGUGAUGAUUAUAAUAAACGAGGCAAAAGUAAGUGGACUCAUUUGUCAAACGAAGAUACAACAACAGUUGAUUAUCGAAGAAUGCAGGCAUUGCUAUCCGGUGAACGCCCAAGAAAGAAGGAUAAAGAACAACAUGAUCAACAAAAUUAA